GCGGGCGGCGGCGCGGCGCUCUGGCCGGGCCGUGAGGGUCGGAGGCGGGCGGGCGUGGAUGGAUCCCCGCGUGGCCUGGAUCCAGCCCGAGCAGAAAGGCCCCGCGAAUGCGCUCUGGAUGCAGAUCUGGGAGACCUCGCAGGGCGUGGGGGGCCGCGGCGGCGGCGGCGCCUUCCCGCACUACCUCUGCCUCAACUCCCCGGCGCUGGACUCGGCCGCCGCCGCCUCGCCGCCCCGCGGCCACGGCUGCGCCCGGCUCGGGGCUCCCGGCGGCGGCGGCUGCUGCUCCUCGUCCUCGCCGCCGUCGCCCUCGCCGUCCCCCCCGGCGCUGCUGACCGGACUGGUGCCCGCCGCCGGCCCCGCGGCGGUGGUGAACGGCGGCGGCGAGGGAGGGCGGCGGCUGCAGAAGUCGCCCUCGGUGUCUUCCUCGUCCUCCUGCUCGUCGGUGGAGUCCGGCACCGAGAGCCCCGGCUUCUCCUCUUCGGGGUCGUGCGGCGGCGGCGGCGGCUCCUCCUCUUCCUCCUGCGGCCCCCGGGCGGCGUUGGCUCCUCCCGGGCUGCCGGGCGGCGGUGCCGGGCCCGGGGAGUUCUUCAACUUCCACGAGAGCGGCAAAGCGAACGGCGCGCACGGGCACCACCCGGCAUCGCACCUUUCCCGCAACCCCCACCCGCCGCCGCCGGCCUCUCCCCAGCAGCACCAGUACCACCCGGGCCGCAGGAAACGAGAGAAUAAGGCCAGCACCUAUGGCAUGAAUUACCUGCUCUCCGGCAGCCGCGGCGUGGCCGUCGCCGCCUCCCCGCACCAGCAGCGUCAGCCGCCCCAGCCCGCGCUGCAGAGCCCCGGCACCCCCUGGAAGAGCAGGAAGUACAGCCCGGGCGUGCAGGGACUGCAUGAAGAAAUAAUUGACUUCUAUGACUUCAUGUCCCCUCGUCCGGAAGAAGCAGCUAUGAGAAGAGAAGUGGUGAAAAGAAUAGAAACAGUCAUCAAAGAUCUUUGGCCUACAGCUGAUGUCCAGAUAUUUGGCAGCUUUAGUACAGGGCUUUAUCUUCCUACUAGUGAUAUUGAUUUAGUUGUUUUUGGGAAAUGGGAACGCCCCCCUUUACAGCUGCUGGAGCAAGCACUAAGAAAACACAAUGUGGCUGAGCCAUAUUCCAUCAAAGUACUUGAUAAAGCUACAGUACCAAUAAUAAAACUCACUGACCAGGAGACAGAAGUGAAAGUUGACAUCAGUUUUAAUGUAGAAACUGGUGUGAAGGCAGCUCGAUUUAUCAAGGAAUACAUGAAGAAAUAUUCCUUGCUGCCUUACUUGAUUUUAGUAUUAAAACAGUUCCUACUUCAGAGGGACUUGAAUGAAGUUUUUACUGGUGGAAUUAGCUCUUAUAGCCUAAUUUUAAUGGCAAUUAGUUUCCUGCAGCUGCAUCCAAGAAUUGAUGCCAGAAGAGCUGAUGAAAACCUUGGAAUGCUUCUGAUAGAAUUUUUUGAACUCUAUGGAAGGAAUUUUAACUACUUGAAAACUGGUAUUAGAAUAAAAAAUGGAGGUGCCUAUAUUGCCAAAGAAGAAAUCAUGAAAGUCAUGACAAAUGGAUACAGACCAUCCAUGUUAUGUAUAGAAGAUCCUCUGCUGCCUGGAAACGACGUUGGCAGAAGUUCUUACGGUGCCAUGCAAGUGAAACAAGUUUUUGAUUAUGCCUACAUUGUUCUUAGCCAUGCAGUAUCACCACUUGCAAGAUCAUAUCCAAAUAGAGAUUCUGAGAGCACAUUAGGUAGAAUCAUCAAAGUGACCCAAGAAGUGAUUGACUACAGGGCCUGGAUUAAAAAGAAGUGGGGGAGCAAAAUUAAUUUAUCACCUGAACUUGAUAAUAGGUUGAAAAUAAGAGACCAAAUAGUUCCAUGCAAUGGAGAACAGAACAACAACAGAGACUCUGAAUCAUCUUACAACCAACGCUUGACUUUGUCAUUGGCUAGUACACAACAGUUAUCCUCUGGCUCAUCUGCGUCGUCUGUAUCAUCACUCUCUGGCAGUGACAUUGAUUCUGAUACACCACCUUGCACAGCUCCUAAUGUUUACCAGUUCAGUCUGCAAGCACCGACUCAACUUAUGGCCAGUUUACCACCAGCAUUGCCUAUGCCAAGUGGUAAACCCCAAUCUGCGCCUACGAGAACCUUGAUAAUGGCCGCCAGUAAUCAGCAGCACACUGGGAUGAAGUUUUCCAUGAAAGGAACUCAUAACCAAGGCAACGGCUACAGUCCUGUCAACAGUGGAGGCAUGAGGCAACCAGUUGGUAAUAGAGGACACCACCAGUACAAUCGUAAUAUAUGGAGAAGAAAAAAACACAGAGACAGUUUACCUAUUAGUCUGAGCAGAUAAUGGCAGAUGCCAAAAUGACCUUCCCUGUUCAGACAAACUGAGCGAGUGCCACUCGACUUAGGGGAUGGAGACCAGCGUCCAGCACAUCGUUUUAUUGGUGUUGCCAAAUAUCUGCAGCUGACUUCUUUGCAUGUUUCUUUGUGUGGUGGUUCAGUCCAUCUUCAAGAAGUAGUUGUGCUUAUCUGUGAAGCCUUAUUAAAUGUGGAAAUUUGUUUUUCUGCCUUCCCACAAUGGUUCAUACAGUGCCGAAGCAGCUCUGACAGUGGAACUGCAAGGACAUUUUCAAAUGCUGUGGCUUUUUUUGCUGUGGCUACAUCUGUUCCUAUGUGGGUUCUGUUUUCUUUUAUUUUGGAAGUGAAGGAAACUUCAGCCCCUUCGAUUUUUUUUCUUUGCAGCAAAUCAAGUUGGGAAUUCAAAAAAAUAAAUUUGCUGCACUCCUGUUUGUUUCAAAGUUCAGGAUUUUUUGCUCUGUAAAUAUUGGAGAUAUAAUUUGUGCAAUAACUUGGAAUUUUAAUUUAAUUUCAUAUUGUCACAUAAGUUAUAUUUAAGGGGAAGAGGUUUUUUAAUUUACAGAUCCUUUCCCAGGUUGCAUUAUCUAAGUUGGGUUCAUAGUUUUGGCAGGUUGUCUGAGCAGUGUUACAAACAUGACAUUUGGUAAUAUUUGAGGCUUCUUGAUUCACAGUGGAAGAGCGAUUUGGCUUACGGUUUUAAGAAGGUAUUAAGCUCCAAAGCAUUUUGACCCUAUGUUUUUUAGCUCAUUGUCUGGCCUCUAUCAGUCUUCUUGCUCUGACCAAUGAGUUUUAAUUUUAUUCCUUUUAACAGAUGACAAAUCCAGCAUUCUUAGUAGCAGAAGUAAAACUUUUGAGGGAGGGGGGAAGGUUGGUUCAAAGUCCCGAUGUGAAAUUAAAAAGCGGCGAACUACAUGCUUUGAUGCAUUUUAGUAAUGUAACCUGUUAAUGUUUGGGUUCAAACAACAUUAUUAAAUGGAGGUACCCGGCUUAAGGAAUGUGGAGAAAGGAAAUAUGUUGAUUCCAUUAAGGAAUCUGUAUAGCAGUAUGCAUUAGUUCUGUUAAGAGCAAAUAUAUAAAAAGUACUUCAGCUGCUCUAAGCAUUAUGAGAAGUAUCUUUUAAUGUAUUGCAGGAGAGCACAGCCCAGUGUUGUACGCAGUAUGAGUGGCUGGCACUUAAUUUACAGAUGCAUACAGGUAUACUAUGCAAGUGUGUAUUGCCAUGACAAACACUGUCUUUAACUUUUUGAAAAAUGUACAUCCUGCCUAACCCUGAGUUUUUAAAGCACCACAGUUGUCCUGGGAGUAGGUCACGUCUCAUGCCCUCUGACUUCCUGUUUUUUUAGCGAGAGUUCUUAAACUAUACAGAAAACUACAGAUCAGUUAUAUAAAUCCAUUAGCAGAGAAAGCUGAAGAAUCCUGUUAACAGGACUUCUAUACUGUAUACAGAUAGAGAAGGUUUUAAAACUGAUAUCCGAGUGUUAAAAUGAGGUGUCGAGCAUGAAGCUUUUUAAUAUGCUGUAUGCCUUUGAAGCAGAAGUAGUUCAUGUUAUUACUGAAUCUGUCAAACAGGUCUUUGAGGGGAGAGAGGGCAACAUUCCAAAGUAGAGUAGUGCAUAUGUUUGCAAAAAGUUUGUCUUAAUGCUCCAGGUUCGUCACAAUUUUAAACAAAAAAAAAAUUGUGAGCUGAUUCAUAAAUAAUAUCUAAGGGCUGUUACAGGAGCCUGUACUGCUUAGUCUUCACACACUAGCAAUAUUGAGCAUAACUACAUUAAAGAGCCUUCAAAGGCUUUAGUUGGUGUCUUAUUCUAGCGUCCAUUUUAAAGUGAAAUUCAUUUAAAAGUGGUAUCAUGUAACACUUCAGUCAUGGUGAACCAAAUAAAUUGGCCUGGCUAUCACUGUGGUUAUGUGCUACAGGUUUGAAAAAAAUCAUGUUUAAAUUUUUUGUGUGGACAACUAUGUGGAAGCUAAAAUUGACAUAUUUUUAUGUAAAGUUUUCUAUUCUUUGAUUUUUAAUAAACUUUGGAGACCAGUCACUCUUAUGUACAUUUUUAUGGGGAAUGUAAUGAAGUAAUAUUUGACCUUAUCCCAUUGUUUGACGGGUAGUUUGAACAGCAAUUUCAAUAUGUGUGCCAGACAUCUUGAGAAUGAAUUGCGAGGUUGGAUCGAUGGGUGCCAUCUGCAUACUGUUCUUUGUAUUUAUGAAGGGAGCAACCAAUACAGCUGUUGGUUUCAUAGUUGUGGUUUUGGUCUGUUGAUAAUGAGAGUGCAAAGGAGUGAGUAAGAGGUAGUUCCUGACAAUAUUCUUAGGAAGAGAAUAACAAAUCCCCUGAGAAUAUCUUAAUUUUCCAUAGAAUUUUUAAAUUUCUCCCUGUAAUUUCAACCUGCUUUCAAAAUGUAUCCAUUUUGAAAUCCUUAAAUAUUGGGUGCAUCUCAUUUUUUUUUGUUUGCAAGAUCAUAGAAAUCAUGAUCGGAGGGAUUUUUUCCUCAGGGAUUACCUUAUAUGCCUUCUCAAACUGAAUAUAAAUGUCUUUAUGCUUGAGAUCUGGAAAUUUUUCUGGUGUGAUCUUGUUAGUGGCCUUUGUCCCACUGCAUCUCAUGUUGGGAUUAUGUGCACAAAGGAAAUCUCAUUCUAUCUACUUUUCCCCCUACCCAAUGAUGUGACAUGUUUUCCUGCUGUGAAUUCUUUACUGUGCAGCAAGUCAUUUUCUGCUUAAGUAGCUUAUGAGAGUUGAACAGUAAGUUGGUUUACUGCCUCACUAAAAACCACAUUCCAAACAAAUGCUUCACUUGCCAUUUUUUUAAGCCUAAAACAGGCGCAUGUUAUGGGAUCUCCUAUGUGAGGCUGACAGCUGUGUUGAAACUGAAAGCCCGUAAGCUCUGUCAGAGUAACCACUUCUUGGCACUAAAAACUUUUGCAAUCGUCCACUUCGGGAUGUCCUUCUGAGAAAAUCUUUGUAAGAAGAUAACCUUCUUCCUGCUUCUCCUUUCCAAAGGCUUUCCAGAGAGGAAAAGCUGAAUGUUCUGAUGAACUACCUUCACCCCCUCAGUAGUACUGUUGAAUCCAUCUAGCUAAUUUUGGUGCCAAGAUGAAUAGGUGAAACUCCUGGACAAGCAAGUCUUGACAUGUGAUAAAAGAUGGGUAUCCUUUCUCAUAAUCACGUAAGAGAUCAUCCAAACAAUUCUGUUCUCUUGGGAAAUUUCUUUGGAGACCAAUGAACAAAGUUUAAGGCUGAUCUGCUGUUAUAUGUGCAUGUGCAGUUUUAUGUGGUUGAACAGAGUUGCAGUUUUCAACUGCAAAUGCAUAAUUUGUUCUGACAUUCCUGUGGGGAAUUGGGAAGGAGAGCAGGGGAAUCCCAGCAUAUCUGUUUGGUUUACAAAAAAUCUAUUGCUUCUGAUGACGAGCAAAUCCAUGCAACAAUUCUUUUUUUCAGUAGUUGAACAAGUUGACUUACCAUUUUGUCCCCACUUCCCUGUUAAUAGAGUUGCUGAGGAAUGGAAGGUUGUGUGGUUGUGAAUGUUAGAAAUCAUAAGCAGUCAAGCACUGAACGCAGAUGCUCCAUGGAUAAAGAUAAAGCUCCAAACAACCGAAUGUAACUUAAAAGUUAGUAGUACUGCAUCAGGAGGCUGGGACGCCCUAAACAGUUCCUCCUAAUCUGAAUUUGUGAUAUUACAAUAAAAAGGAUAACUUUUUUUGAUGUAACAUCAUCUCUAUUCAGUUUAUGAAGUGUUUUAAUGGGUGCAGAAGUCAGACAAGAAUAAAGUUUUUUGUUUGUUUGUCCUGCACUUUACAAAAUAUCUCUGGAAAUUCUAGAGCCAAUAAGUUAGAAGAGGUAAGUAUGUACUGUGUUCUGGAAUCAGUAAUCCCU